AUGGCAAUCGUUGGCGAAGGUUCCAGCACUCAUGAAUAUUUUGGCAGCAGUAGUGCCGGCUCAUUUACAGCGCAAAUCAAGAGAGCAAUCGACAGCCGAUUAUGUCAGUCUGAUACUCCAAAACAAGGAGAUGGCAAUACAGCUAUACCUCCACCUAUAAACGAUCAAGUAUCCCACAAUACUGGGUUGGAUCAGGCACCAGCGACUUCCUAUGUUCUUCCUCUUCGCAGACAGGCAGACGAAUUGGUGAAACUAUAUUGGCUCUAUGUCGAUCCGCUCUAUCCAUUCAUCGAUAAGAACCAGUGGGAAUACGACUAUAAUUCAGUAUUCGUGGAGCAAAGAGUUAUGCAAAAUGAGCGUCUUUUUUUGUCGACUUUGAAUGUAAUAUUUGCACUUUCAACGCAACUGCUCGAAUCCAUUACCGAGACUGAGAGAGAAAGUUGUAGCAAAUCCUUUUUUCAAAGAGCCCAGGCUCUCCUUUCAACCAACCUCUGGGAGUUGGGAUCACUUGAAUUGGUGCAGAACUUGCUGUUGACUAGCCAGUAUCUGCAAAGUACGAACAAUUCUCAACAAACAUGGAUGGUUGUUGGCUCUGCAAUCAGAAAUGCCCAGAGCAUAGGUCUCCAUUUACCACAGACAUCUUGGGGCUUUUCAGAUAAUCAUCAGCGUGAGCUCAAGCGGAGGGUUUGGUAUGGCUGUGUGCUUAUGGACCGGAUGGUCUCAGUGACACACGGCCGCCCUGCGAUGAUCUCUCAGUACGAUGCAACAAAUGUGCCCCUUCCCAUUGCUUCACCAAUCGAAAUGAAUAAAAGGCAGGACACUGCGGCUGAAAUUAAAUCCGAUCAUAUCUCAUUUUUCAUAGAAUCUGUGAGACUAUAUGAGAUUAUACAUCGGGUUGUUCUUGCAUUCUACCGAGGCAAACCAAGCAAAGAACGCCAGAAUGAACAUGCUGAUGAUUUAGACGUGGUUAUCCAACUAGAUAGAUCAUUAAGCAAAUGGGAGCUCAAUCUACCUGAUCACCUACAGUGGGGUAAAUUGAGUAGCACAGUUGAUGAGGUUGUUCGCCGACAACUGAUAAUACUUCGAGUGAGAUUCUUUCAUGCCAGAAUUUUACUUCUAAGACCAGUUUUUUCGCGCUUUUACCUGUCCUCAUCGCCUCCUGGACAAGUGAAAACUAGCAAUGAUACUCUCGAAAAUCGUAUAGUCGAGCAGAGUGCUACAUUUUGUGUGACUACGGCUGAGAAUAUUAUCGCUCUUCUGGAUGAAUAUCAAACAUUUGAUGGGACAGUGGGCCUCCUUCCUGCUUGGUGGUACAGAGUGUAUUAUUUAUACACUGCGGCAACCAUCCUUAUUACAGCUCGUCUGCAACCGGAAGUAUUUGACAUCACUGUCCUUGCGCAAUCAUGGAGAAAGGCUAUGUCUCUAUUGAAAAUGCAUGAGAGAUUUGGUCCUUCGGCACGACGCUGUGUGACUGCAUUACAUAUUCUGUCAUCAAAGAUGCUUGAAGUUGCCCCCAGAGAUGCUGAAAUUUCGGGGAGGACAUGCGAAAGUAGCAGCACAUUGGAGAAUAACGACGAAAUCCUUGCAACACCUCUGCCUAGCAGUGAUACAGGUGACUCGAGUAUUCUUAGAUUGCAAGCUUCUCGGAAUCUAAGCCUUACGGACGAUCUGGCACCACCAACGGCUGAUCUCAAGGGACUUGAUCUAGCUGAAUUUGACUUUGAUAUCAAUGAUUUGUCAUGGCUCAAUGAUAUGCAUACGGCGUGGGGUUUGCUAAAUGAAUAA